AUGGCACAUACAAAUGAAAUAAUCAAAAAGGGCGCAUCAUCCAGGUCGAUGCAAUCCCAAUGUGGUAGUUACCAAAUUGUAACAGCUGGGCAAGAAAGAAAAAUGGACGAAAGAAAAAGUACACAACGAUCGUCCUUUUUCACUAAAAGAACUGCUAUGUUGUUUUUUGUCCUUGCUUGCAUCUUUUUAAAGUAUUAUGAUGAUUUGGGAAGACAAAAUGCUUUUGAUACGACAAAUGUAAAAAUAAGGAACGAAAUUGCUAAAAAUUCAGAUGCAAAGGAGGAUGGAACUCCAUCACAGGAUACAUUCCGAAUUAAAAGAACGUUACAUAAUCAUCAUGAUGUAGCAACCGCUAAUCAUAAGGAACAAGUAGCUUUGACUAAGAAAGAGGACGCCAAGGCUAAAAAAAAAGCUGAUAAGGCCAAAAAAAAAGCCGAUAAGGCUAGAAAGAAAGAAGAAGCUAAGGCUAAAAAGAAAGAGGAUAAGGCUAGAAAGAAAGAAGAAGCUAAGGCUAAAAAGAAAGAGGAUAAGGCUAGAAAGAAAGAAGAAGCUAAGGCUAAAAAAAAAGCUGAUAAGGCUAAAAAGAAAGCGGAUAAGGCUAGAAAGAAAGAAGAAGCUAAGGCUAAAAAGAAAGCGGAUAAGGCUAGAAAGAAAGAAAUAGAUAAGGCUAAGAAAGAAGCUAAAAAGGCUAGGAAGAAAGAAGUCGAUAAGGCUAAGAAAGAAGCCAAAAAAGCUAGGAAGAAAGAAGUCGAUAAGGCUAAGAAAGAAGCCAAAAAGGCCCAAAAAAAAGCCGAUAAGGCUAGAAAGAAAGAAGAAGCUAAGGCUAAAAAGAAAGCGGAUAAGGCUAAAAAGAAAGAAGAAGCUCUUCUUAGAAAAGCUCAUGAAGCAGGGGCAAUUAUGGUAGUAGAAUGUCGGAGGGGGUACUAA